AAAUGGAACUUCGAUUGAUCUAUAGUUUAAUUUUUCUGUUCGUUUAUAAAUGUAUAGUUUCCGCGAAAUCAGAUUCCUGUGCAAAACUAUCGCAAAAAACUCUUAGUAUGAUAUUGGGGCAAGCUUUCAACCCACGAUAUAUGAGCAUUUUUCCACCAAGCUCAGAAAGUUCGGAAUUUAGUUACAAGAGAUCCUUAAAUGAGAUGCCAUUUUAUGCUGACAACGACAUUGUUUCCUUGGGAGAUUUUCCCGCUUGGGACACAAACCACUUCGCGUACUUUGAGAAGAAAGGAGACAAAUUAUUGAAAAGAGCCCUUCCAACAAAACAUGGAUAUAUUAGUACAGAAGGCGGCUCAAAUGCAGAAGUUUUUAUGUCGCGGCCGUGGGAAUGUUCAUCCAGGAUCAAUUGGAUUGAUUUAGGUGUAAACUACUUUCCACGCUACAUUCGAUCUAUAGAGUGCAUAGCUAAAAAGUGUUGGUAUGGACAUUUUUAUUGCAAACCGAAGUCUUUCACAAUAAAAGUACUACGUAAAAAAAAUGGUUCGUGCAUUCGAAUAAGCAACAAACUUAUUCUUAUUACAAGAGAAGAGUUGCAAAAUGAUUAUACUGAGUUCUGGAUAUGGGAGGAAGUAGCAGUUAACUUUUGUUGUGAAUGUGUAAUGAAAUAUUAAUAAUAAAUUCAAAAAUAACAA